AUGGAAUUCUGGAGUUGUGGACAACAUAGUAGGAGAAUAUGAUGCUGGGAAUAGUGGAUUAGAUAUAUCCUCCCAAAGUAGUGCUGUUUGGAUUAAAAAAGCGCUUCAAAAAUGCUUGGUAAUGGUCUUGGUGGCUGCAUGGACUAAGGCAGAAAAUGUCAGGUACUAUAUUACGACGCUGGAAGAAAAAUUGGUUUGAUUUGUGGUCUGAUGGACAUUUAUUAUUUUAUGACAAUCAACAUCGACAUGAUGUAGAAGAUAAAAUUCACAUGAAAAUUGACUGUAUCAAUAUCAGAGGGGGAAAUGAAUGCCGAGGUUUUCAGCCUCCAGAGGGCAAAGCUAAAGACUGCUUGCUGCAGAUAAUUUGCCGUGAUGGGAAGGUGCUCAAUCUCUGUGCAGAAAGUACCGAUGAUUGCUUGGCUUGGAAAAUUGCUCUUCAGGAUGCCAGAACAAACGAAGCUUAUGUUGCUUCUGAGGUGAUGUAUGAUGACAAUGCGAUUUCUUCAGCACCUCCUCCAUACACAGCGUAUGCAACACCAUCACCUGAGGUUUAUGGUUACCCACAAUACAAUGGUGCAUAUCCAGGAUCUCAGAUCAUCUACACUUCUAAUGGACAGACAUAUGCUAUACCUUACCAGUACUCAAACCAAGGUCCCUAUGGCCCGCUUCCUGCAAACCAUGUCAUCAUUCGAGAACGUUACCGAGAUACUGAUGGAGACCUGGCACUGGGCAUGUUGGCUGGGGCAGCAACAGGAAUGGCCCUGGGCUCAUUGUUUUGGGUGUUUUAGAUUUCCUUUGGAGUUUCAAGUUGAGGGAGAUUCUUAUUAUUUUCUGUGUAUAAUAAUAUAUAUAUUGGUAAAGUAGUGUAUAGGCAUUUCAUAAGUUCUAACAAUAUUUUGGCUAAUGAUACACUGGAAUUAGUUAAUCACAUUUUUAAUCAUCCAGAAAGUUCACUUUAGUUAAGAAAGGUCAAGUAAGUUUGAGCCUAUGUAAUGAUAAACAAGUAGCAGUAAUAACAAGUGAAGUAUUACUAAUGGUGGCUAAACAACCACAACUGACUUCAUUUUACAGUGAAAUAUUAACAAUUCUCAUAAAAUUACUUCAACUGCUGCCUCAGAAGGAAACUCAAAUAUCUUUUUAAACACUCCUCAGAGACAAAAGAUAAUGACUUAGUAUACACUCUGUGGAAAGGGAGAAGGAGAGAGAGAGAGUUUCUGUGUGUGGAUUCAGGUGGUUCUUGUAUUUCAACAGUUGGUAAAUAUUCACCCUAAAGGCAGAUAUAAAUCCUCCUAGAUCAUUAAGCCACAAACACUCCAACAUUUUGCUUUGAAAAAAUUCCAGUCUGUACUUGAAGGAGUUUGAUGACCAUGCAAAUAAUGCCAGUGUCAUAUAAGUUGCUAUCUUAUUUAGUUGGAAGAUUAGCAAAAGCCUGGACAUGAUCCUCUGGAUGUGCUAUGCACUCUUAGCCAAGUGGAGAUUGUUAUUUAGAACUCUGGGAGUUGUCAUUCCAUCAGGGGGACUUUAAGUAGGGAAUGGUGACUACCUAUUAACACCCUCAAUUUGAGAAUUUUAGCUGUGCCAGAAUUAGUCAAGUAUCAAAAUGUUUCAACCUGCAUGUGAAAACAAUUUGGCUUUGGGUCUUGAUAGAUAGUAGGAGAUGUUAUAGUUCUACUGGGCAUUUAAGUUUUUUAUAUUCAAAGUAGAAUAAUUAUAGAGAAUGGAGGCUAACAAAAACUUAUUCAUUUCUUUUUAUUGCAAAUUAUUUUUAAUAAUUAUUUACCGUUCUGGGACAUUGUAAAGAGGCUUGUCCUUGGUGAUUAAGCCUGCUGUGCAUACAAGAGUUCCUGAUGAGUUUCAUUUUCUACUUUUAGCUAGCACACAGUAUUAACUGUAAGAACCUGGUAGUUUUAUAAACAGUGCAUGCAUGUCCUGUUGAAAUCUUAAGAUCUGCAUACAAUUCUUCCAAUUGUCUUUUAUUGUCUGUUCUUCGUUUUGUAAGUUAAAACUUUCACAAAAGUAGACUUGGGUGAUGCCAAGUACCAUACAGGCAAGUGCUAAUACAGUGUGCAUGAUAUCCUGUUGAGAUAGGAUAAUUAAUUCAAAGCUGGGGAUGGCACAAGAAAUCUUAUUACUGGUUUCUGUAAGCUUUGCAUUAAGCAUAUGCUGUUACUUUUUGCCUUAGGUAUAUAUGCAACAACAAAAUUUAAUGUGAGAUAUGGGUGUCAUCCAUCAUUGUUGAACUUGGAAGCUUUCUUUUAAAGAAAUGAAUAAUCUCUCUGCUAAGAUAUUUUUAUUGUUUUGAUGAAUGGAUCCAGUCUAGGACAUUUCAAGUGAUCACACUGUAAAUUGAAGAUAAUAAAUGUUUCAUAAAUAUGAUACGUAUUUAAAUAAUUUAUGUUACUUUGAAAUAUAUAGGUUACAUUGGAAGCAUUUCAGAUUUAAGAAAUUGAUUAUAUAGUGAAAAUUAAUACUAGCUUUUGCUCUUUUUAUGUAACUUGUCAAGUGCACCUUUUAUGUCUUUCAUAGAUUUAUCCGAAUCCCCUAUUUCUAUGUACCGUAUUUGUAUUUUGAAAGAAAAUAAAUAAAUUUAGUCUUUGAACUGCUGGCAAGUUUAAAUUGUAC